AUGCGAAAAAUCCCACUCUUCCUAAUUUGUUUCUGCAACGUUUUCGGACCUUCAACCGCUUGGGACCGUAUACGACCGCUCACGUUUCGCCGCAUUUUUCCCUAUUCCGAUAGGGACCAGGUUUGGAAGGUGGGGACCGGAUUGCAAAAAUCUCGACAAACAAAUUUUUUUUUUCAGCUCACUUUCGAAGUGAACCAUCAAAAUUCGACGGAAGACGCGCAGGAAAUUUUGAAUUUGUGGAUGGACAAUAGUUGGAAAGCGUCUACUUUAUCGCCCGAAAAGCCGAUAAUGGAACCGUCGGUGUUCGAUUUGAGCGAUUGGCAGACGAUUUGGUACUGGAACGGCGAUCCGAAGUGGAAAGUUCGGUCCCUUUGCGACAAAGAGCACGCGAGGGAACAGGCGCUGAUGUUUCUGGAGCAUCGAGCAAUUGUGAAGAUAUUUAUUCGAUACAUGUUCCGGAGCACACAGGAAAAAGGCAUGUUUACGGAGGAAGAGGCGAGAACGGUGAGCGGAAAGUGUUAAAAACGUGAUCAGGACCAGAGAUGUUGGGAAUUCCGUGUUACGUGUUCCGUGUUCCGUGUUCCGCGUUUUUUUCAAUAUUUUUUCCGUGUUCCGUGUUCCGUGUUCCGUAGAAAUAAUUUUUUCUCCGUUUUCCGUGUUCCGUGUUCCGUAUAAACUAUAUUUUCCGCGGAAAAAUUCGAUCACAAGUGGAUUCCAUUUUCAGUCGUUUUUUACUGUAGUUGUUUACUGUUGUGUUGUUGGUUUUGUUAUUUUUAUGAAAUUUUCAGUAAAACUUUCACAUGAGUCAAAAAGCUGCCUUGUCAGUCAGAUAAUCGAAUUAAACAAAACAUUAUUUUAAAAAAAAUCACUGGAAUUCUCUUGAAAACGCUUUUUUCCGUGUUCCGUAAAAAAAUAAAUUUUCCGUGUUCCGUGUUCCGUAAAAAAGAAAAUUUUCCGUCUUCCGUGUUCCGUGUUCCGUAGAGUAAAAUUUUUAUUCCCAACAUCUCUGAUUCAGGACCCCAAAAAAGCCCGGUUCGAGGUCGGCUGCUCGCAAAUCAUUUUUGCCCAGUUUCUUCUCUAAUAUAAACUUUUUUCAGAUGCGUGACAUCUUCUGGGAGGCGGAUAACGAGUGCGAGAACAUGUUCUCCUGCACAGAGUACAUUUUCCUGAAAAGGACCUUCUACAAUGUGCGUCCAACGAACUUUUUGGCGGACGUCUACUCGACGAUGCAGGAACUGAUUGAAAACUUUCGAAAAUUGGCCCCAGUCGGCGAGAAGUUGGAUUUUAGAAUCGAUUAUGGAGUUAUCUACAAAGGAUGA